AUUCAUGAAGGAGUUAUUUAUAUUCUGCACCCUAAACUAAAUUUUCAUUUUUAAGCUAACUGCCUUUAGGAAAACAUUGUCGUUGAUGGUAACUUUCAUGGUGCUUACUUAAAGGUUUUUUGUAGAAAAGAAUGAAUGCAAAUCUAGAGAACUCAUCAGCUGAUGAAGCUUUGAAUACAAUUCUACCAAGAAUCGUUGUACAAGUUAGCCCAUCGUAUUAUUUUGUUUUUGCUGGUCAUAUAGAAAAAAUAACCCAAGCUCUUAAUGAAGCUUGCCGAAUGGGAUACGACGUUCUUUGUAAUGGUGGAACAGCCGUGGAUGCUGUUGAGAAAACUAUUUGCAGUAUUGAAGAUAAUUUUUUCUUCAAUUGUGGUUAUGGAUCAUUCUUAAAUAAUGACGGGGAUAUUGAAUGUGAUGCAAUGAUAAUGGAUGGUAAUACUUUAGACACAGGUGCAGUAAUGGCUGCUCGAAACUUUAAAAAUCCUGUCGCCAUUGCUCGACAGAUAAUGGAAAAAACCAUUCACAGCGCAAUAGCAGGAGACGGAGUUCUGGAUUUUGCUAAAAAAAUUGAAUUUGAAACAUGCACAAAUGACCAACUGAAGCAUCCACAGGCAGAAGAAUAUCGAAUCAAUUACGAUCAAUUACCAAAAAUCAUUGAAAAACAUUUUGGUGUAUGUGAUUCCGUCUCAGCUGUUGCAAUGGAUAAAGAUGGGCAUUUUGCAUGUGCACUUUCUUCAGGUGGUCUUCCAGGAAAGCUUAAAGGCAGACUUAGUGAGGCCUGUACGGUCGGGUGUGGUGGUUACGCCAAUAAAUAUGGCGCUGCAGCAACUGGUGGUUAUGGAGAGGCAAUAAGGAAAAUGACCUUGGCAAGACAAGUAGUUUUCAAUAUGGAGUCUGGACAAGAUGCUCAGGCCUCUGUUAGGAAUGCGUUGCAACUGAUGAAAGAAACCUUACCAAGGAAAGAUUUUCCUCUUGCUUCUGCAAUUUCAAUUGAUUGCAAUGGUAAAAUUGGUGUGGAAAGUGAAACAUCCAUACUUUGGUCAAGCAUUGCUGGUGGAGAAAAAUGGUGUGGCAUGAAGAUGAAGCCAAAAAAGGAAUAAAAACACGCCAACAAAUAAUAUGAAACAACACAUUUCUAGGAAAUAACCCAUUGCACUGUUUAUCUUCUAUUUGUAGUAUUUUUUAAUCCAAGCCUUUAUGGAAGAUAUUUUUUUUCUUGACAGCAGACGUUGAAAAAUAUAUCUUGGCGCAAUUCAAAAAUUAUGUAUUUACUCGAAGCAUUGCACAAAAAUGAGCAAAAAGAAUUGCAAGUUCUAGUUUAGUUUUUGUUAUCUUCAUUGUUCAUUUUCUUACUUGAUGAAUAAAAUAAAUGAAAUCAUACGUACGUUUGUACAUACGCA